AUUUUUUAAGAAGUUCUGUAAUAGUAUUGUGGAGUUUAAAUUUGGCGCUAUUCCUAACCUCGCUUUUUUCCAUCUCUAACCUAAAAUCUUGUGAAACUUGAAAAAACGUAAAAUGCCUUAUAAAUACAUCGGUAAAACAACCAAUUUUAAAGGUAAAACCUUGUGGGAAAUCGUCGGAAACUUGAAAAACUUUGGUAUUGGUCGUUUAGUUAUAAGGAGCACGUUUGAGAGGUAUCCUGAGCCAAGUUUUUUCAAGAUAUUAAAGGUUGAGCCUUUGCCGUGUCCUAAAGUACAAACUUUGGAUGACCAACGUAAAGUUCGUGUUCUGGUUGAGAAAACAUUUAGGGGAGUAACUUACCCAAAACCUAUUACAAUCGAAUCAACCAGUUAUAAAGCAGAUUAUCAGUUAAUACCAAAGGAUGAGGAGCAUAAUUAUAGCACGAUAGUAGAAACAAAGCGCGAAAUUGCCAUUCUACAAAGAACUAUGGAAUUUCCACCAUUGAUGAAAGACGUGUUGAUGCGAGAAAAUAGAGCUAAAGGAGAGGAUGUGCAGGAUUUGAAAUUGGAGAUAGUUUAUCACAAAACUAAAACGGGAAAAUACAGGGUUGCAGAAGAGGGAGAAACACCUACUGUUACUUUUCAAGCAAACAUACAAGAACUGCCUAAUAUAAGUCUUUACAAAAACGUAAAACUUCAACAAUGUAGUAAUUAACUAUUUAUUUCCAAAGAUGUUAGUAAUUUGUGUCCAGUUUUCUUUUCUUUCUGGAUGUCUAGGAUUCAUGUUCCAGAGAUAUUCUGCAAUAAAAUUAAGACUAUUAAGAUAAGUGUCACCUUCCUAAAAAAUAAAGGUAGUGCAAGAUAA